AUGAUUGACAUCUCUCCCUCUCCCUCUCCCUCCGCCUCUCCUCCCCCUCUCACCACCCCCCUCAUCAUCACCACCACCACCAUCUUCCUCCCGAUCCCACCCGCGCCCCCCCUCAAACCCCUCACUCCGGGCCCUCCUCCUCCGCCCAGCCCUCCGAUCCUCCUCAUCCUCCUCGUUCGCCCCAGCCACAAGCAAACCCCCGGGCCGCAGCCCCUCCCGCAGCAACCCGCCCACGAGCCCGAGGAACCCACCCCGCCCGCCCGCGUCGAGCACGCCCCGCACCCGCUCCACGAUCCGCUCGACCGCCUCCUCGUCCGUGCCCGCCACGCCCCACCGCCCGGCCAUCUUCCAACCCCCGCGCGCGUGCGACCUUUGAGGAUCACCAUCGUCCCCGCCGCCGCCGCCGUACGCAAACUCCCCACUGCGCGCCGUCCACCGCGGCCUGCGCCGCAGCGGCCGGCCCUGGCUGUCGAACCGGUCGGGCAAGACCUCGAUCACGUCUUCUUCCUCGUCGUCGUCGUCGUCAUCCGAAGAAGAAGACGCAGGCGGGCGCCGGUGGCGCGGGACGAGCGGCCUGUCGUGCGAAGGGUCCGAGGAGCGCCGGCGGCGGCCGAGCGGAGGGCGCGUGGUGGUGGCGAGCUGGGUGUCGGCCGGCGGUCUGUCGUCGUCGAUUUCUUCUACCGGUGA